AUGGAUGUUGAAGCCCUUGUCGGCGACCUUAACAACAUUACCACUGAGGUCGUCCCAGCCAAUGCCGAACUCUCACGUCUGACCGUCUACCUGGAAGGUCAGAGAUGCACCGCCCUAAUUGAUUCUGGAGCCGCCCUUAACAUAGUUCGAGCCUAUCUUGUCCAACCAACAGCCACCCAGGGCGAUUAUGUUACCCAGGUGCAACUUGCCUGCGCACCACCGGGCAAUCCAGUCCAUGAUGACGUCUCCUCGGACGAGGAAGACGAGAUGCCACCACCGGAAGCCGCAGAAGCCGAGGACCAAGGUCUGGUUGACCUGCACCCCGGCCGGCCAAUAGAGCCAGCGGUACCCCAAGUCGGGGCCCAGGACCAGGACGGUCCACACAUCGACCGGCCAACAGAGUCACGACUACCCUAUACCGAGGCCCAAGACCAGGACGGUCUCCACCCCGGUCGGCUAAUAAAGCCAACCAGCCACCCAGGACGGCAACCUACGGACCAUGGACGGGUCCAACGUCUGGACGACGACCGCCCUCCAUGUCCACUGAUAGCCUAUCCUGAGGCGACACCAGGCCCUAGCCAUGCUAGGCCACAUGCAGAGACCAAACCCCCGAGCCAGCCACCACCCGCUGUAGGCGGUCCAACCAAACGACCGGCCCAGCAUUUUCCCGGACACCUUGAUAUAAGGAGCAAGCGACGUCCAGUGAGGAUGGUCGCUAUUUCUCCGCCGCCCACCAAGAGGACUCAGCAGCCACGUCCCCACGAGAGGCCAGGGACGUCGGCCAACCCCCAGCAGAGCCAACCAGCCGCCAGCCGGACUACCGGAGCAGCCAGCGUUGGACAGCCCCCCCCCCCCAGUGCCAAAGACACUCUAACAUACAUUAACCUAUUUUUCAAAUAA